CUACGUUUGAAAACCGUUUCUUCUCUUUUCUUUUCCUCCCCUUUCCCUCUCCCUUCGGCGGGUUUGAUUAAAAUGGCGCCCUAAGGCACGGUCCAGUCAAGCACCGGGUUGGGCGGCCCGGGGAGUGGCCCCGCGAAGACGGAGGGAGGGAGGGCGCGCUCCUCGCCCCCGCUCCCCCUCCGCGCGCGAGGAUGGCGAGCCCGGACCAGAAGUCCCCCAACGUUCUGCUGCAGAAUCUCUGCUGCCGCAUCCUGGGCAAGGGCGAAGCUGAUGUAGCUCAGCAGUUUCAGUAUGCAGUGCGAGUCAUUGGAAGUAACUUUGCCCCUACAGUUGAGAGAGAUGAAUUUCUUGUGGCAGAAAAAAUUAAAAAAGAACUUGUGCGCCAAGGAAGAGAAGAAAAUGCUGCUGUAUUUUCAGAGCUCUACAGAAAACUUUACUCACAGGGCGUUUUGAAAAACAGAUGGUCAAUCCUCUACCUCCUGCUUAGUCUCAGCGAAGAUCCGCGUAAGCAGUCAAACAAGGUUUCAAAUUUUGCAACCCUAUUUGCUCAAGCUCUGCCACGGGAUGCUCACUCAACUCCUUACUACUAUGCUCGGCCUCAGAGCCUUCCUUUGAAUUACCAAGACCGGAAUGUCCAGCCUGGCAGUAUGGGGAGCAGUGGGAUUAGUAGUAUAGGGAUGUAUGCCCCGAAUGGGCCGACUCCACCGACCUUUCUUCCAGGACAAUCCUAUCAACGUACAGGAGUGGGAGAUUGCCUCCGACAACAGCUGGGGACACGGCUUGCUUGGACGUUAACUGCAGGCCAGCCUACAUUACAGAAUUCUACCUCAAAAGGCCUUUCAGCCACUGUUUCACGUAAUCAGCCAAGAUCAAGGCGGGAGGGUGACAUAACUGGAUCUGUUGAAAUAACCGAGGCAUACCUUGUGAGAGACAUUUUAUAUGUCUUCCAGGGAAUCGAUGGCAAAAUCAUUAAGAUGUUUAAUUCAGAAAACUGUUACAAAGUAGAUGCAAAGGCAAAUCUUUCUAAGUCUCUCAGAGACACCACAAGCCGGCUCGCUGAGUUAGGAUGGCUGCAUAAUAAAAUAAGAAAGUAUACCGACCAGAGGAGCAUGGACCGUGCAUUUGGACUGGUGGGUCAGAGUUUUUGUGCUGCCUUAAACCAAGAACUUAAAGAAUACUACAGAUUAUUGUCGGUUUUACACUCACAGUUGCAGGUAGAAGAUGAUCAGGGUGUGAAUUUGGGGAUUGAAAGCAGUUUAACGCUUCGCCGUCUGUUAGUCUGGACAUACGAUCCUAAAAUAAGAUUAAAAACUCUUGCAGCCCUUGUUGAUCACUGUCAAGGAAGAAAAGGAGGUGAGCUUGCAUCAGCUGUUCAUGCCUAUAGUAAAACAGGUGAUCCCUACAUGAGAUCCCUGGUGCAACAUAUUCUUGGCCUUGUGUCACAUCCCAUCCUGAAUUUUCUUUAUCGUUGGAUUUAUGAUGGAGAACUGGAGGACACAUACCAUGAAUUCUUUGUAGCUUCAGAUCCUACAGUGAAAACAGAUCGGUUGUGGCAUGACAAAUAUACAUUGAGAAAAUCAAUGAUUCCUUCUUUUAUUACGAUGGAUCACUCCAGAAAGGUUCUCCUAAUAGGAAAAUCCAUAAACUUCUUGCAUCAAGUUUGUCAUGACCAAAGUCCAUCAUCAAAGAUGAUAGCUGUGGCCAGAUCUGCAGAAUCUCCAAAAGAUGCUGCUGAAAUGUUCACAGAUUUGGAAAAUGCAUUUCAGGGAAAAAUAGAUGCUGCGUAUUUUGAGACCAGCAAAUACUUGCUAGAUGUGCUCAAUAAAAAGUACAAUUUACUGGAGCAUAUGCAGGCCAUGAGACGUUAUUUGCUACUUGGUCAAGGAGAUUUUAUCAGACAUUUAAUGGACUUGCUAAAGCCAGAACUUGCGAGACCAGCUACAACCUUGUAUCAGCAUAAUCUGACAGGAAUCCUUGAAACAGCGGUCAGGGCAACUAAUGCACAGUUUGAUAAUCCUGAGAUCCUCAAACGCUUGGAUGUUAGACUUUUGGAGGUGUCUCCAGGUGAUACAGGUUGGGAUGUUUUCAGUUUAGACUAUCACGUUGAUGGGCCAAUUGCAACGAUGUUUACACGAGAGUGCAUGAGCCACUAUCUGAGAGUGUUUAACUUCCUAUGGAGGGCAAAACGGAUGGAAUAUAUUCUAACAGACAUAUGGAAAGGACAUAUGUGCAAUGCAAAGCUUCUAAAAAAUAUGCCUGAGCUUUCUGGGGUGCUGCAUCAGUGUCACGUCUUGGCAUCAGAAAUGGUCCAUUUCAUUCAUCAAAUGCAGUAUUAUAUUACAUUUGAGGUGCUGGAGUGUUCAUGGGACGAACUGUGGAACAAGGUCCAACAAGCUCAGGACCUAGACCACAUCAUUGCAGCUCACGAAGUUUUCCUAGACACCAUCAUAUCUCGCUGUUUGCUGGACACUGAUUCAAGAAUGCUUCUCAACCAGCUUCGAGCUGUCUUUGAUCAGAUUCUUGAAUUUCAAAAUGUGCAAGACUCAAUGUACCGAGCCGCCUUAGAGGAGUUGCAGCUACGGUUGCAGUUUGAAGAAAGAAAAAAGGAGCGAGAACUUGAGGGUGAAUGGGGAGUAACAGCUUCAGAACAAGAAGGAGAGAUGAAAAGGAUGAAAGAAUUUGAAGACUCAAUACCGAAAAUGUGCUCACAGUUGCGACUACUUACUCAUUUCUAUCAGGGCAUUGUACAGCAGUUCUUGGUGCUCCUGACCACCAGUUCUGAUGAAAGCCUCCGAUUUCUUAGCUUUAGACUGGAUUUCAAUGAACAUUAUAAAGCCAGAGAACCGAGGCUUCGGGUAUCUUUGGGCACUAGAGGGCGGCGUAAUUCACACACAUAAUUUUUUCUGCAGCAAACAUAACCAGGAUCACUCAAAGUAUAACUGUUGUUGGAUGUGGCAGUGAUGGUUGACAGUCUGAAACCAAAUGGCAUGCAAUAGUGUUUGUCAUUCUUGGAAGCAACCUGUUUUCAGUCAUGUGGUUGUGCGACACCGGUAGAGAAAGCAAGAAAGUUUCCCUUCUGUGUUUAAUAAGUGAUACAACUAAAUGGGUUUAAAUUGUUCCAUUUUUGUUAAGAUAUUGAAAAAUCACUAUAUUUUGUUGGGAGCUCCUGAAGCACUUUCCACUGUAAUUUUAUAUUCGUCUUUAGGACGUCAUUUCAACUUAAGCACCGUUUCCAGGUUUCUAUUUGAACUUGGAAGCCAGUUUUGUGAAAAUUUGCCACAUUAGAUACUGGUCAUGAAAUAUGUAUCCAAGGUGUUUUUUUUUUUAGUAUUGUGGGGAAAAUAUGUCACUUAAAAUUACUUGCAUUAAUAUUUUCAGCAUUUUCAAAGCAAUGAUUUAUUUUUCCAGAAAAUUUUUAACUGCUUAUACAGAAACAUAUUAGAAACAUAACACACAGAUAUCCUAAAAUAAAAUUAAGAAUUCAGUGCUCUCAAGUAAUUAAACUUGUAAAUAUGAAAUAGAUGUGAAUGAAGUAUUUUGUGUUCAAAUCGGAUGUAUUCAAAAUUACUUUGGAUAUUGAAGACUACUUAUUUCUCUUUCCUUGCCUAUUUUUUCAUUGUAAAUAUUUAUAUAUUGCUGUCCAAAUAUUACAGGGAAACAUUUUUGUAAAGAAGCCACUAUAUAUCAAGUCAUUCAAUUAUCCAUUUGUUAUAUUCACAGGUAGAAUAAUACCUUAGAAAAUAAACACAAUUAUCUUUCAAACAUUUUAUCUGUUUCUUCUAACUGGAAAAGUGCCUGUUCUUGAAAGGAAAUAAUUAUAUAAUAAAAUUAGUUUUGAAUG